AUUAGUAGAUAUAAAUUUUUUUUUUCAUACCUGACCAAUUAAUACUCUGUUGUAUAAAUUGGAGAUGCCAAAGUGCUUUGUAGUCGGUUGCCGUAAUGGGCCGAAAAAAUUAUGUUUAGAUAGGUCUGCAGUGUUUAAUGCAGAUAUUCAUCAAAUAAAGCCAAGAUUUUUUUACAUCCCUAAAGAUGAAACAUCAAGAAAAACGUGGGAAAAAAACCUGCCUAAUAGUGAAAUGCAACUGAAAACCACAUCAAGAGUGUGUGAGGAGCACUUUGUACCCGAAGAUAUCAUCAAAUGUGAUGAAACCAUUAUUGAUGGGAAAGUGCAUUCCAUUCCACGACAAAAUUGGAAAUUGAAAAUAGGUGCUUACCCAAGAAUCUUUCCAUCGUCAGCAACAUCUGUAGUACCAUUGGUACAAAGAAAACCCCCUUUGGAAAGAAAGCCACUCAGUGACAUUACAAGUACGUACAAAGGAUUUUGUCCUUCACAUAUGAAACCUGCAAAAAAAAAAGAAAGACUCGCAGCUGUCACAAAGAACACUGUUCAAGAGAUUGAAGUUGGUGUUGUUGAAUCCUUAACCGUUCCUCAAUUGGAAGUAACUGAAGCUGCAUUGUUAGAGACCAAUGUCUGUUUCCUGCAAAGUGAUAUAGACAGCAUAACACUUCCAGCAAGUACGUGGAAAAGGGGAAGCAUAAUUGAUGGUUGUGUUAAUUACUUUGAUAUUCAAGAAAUCGUAAACACAGUUACCAUUCAAAAACUUGCUUCUGUGGAUUUUACAAAUCGAAGUUUCAAACAAACAAUCAUCAAUCGUGAGCUAACUGAAACAGCUGAGAAUAAAAACUCGUUCAAUUCAUUGGCACAAGUUGAAGAACUAUUAAGAAAUCUUCAUAAUAGAAGAAUUUGCCCUGGAAUCAAAAAUGAUAAAGAAAAACAUUUAAACCAAUCAAAUGGUUUAAUCCGCAAUGGAAAAUUAGUUGACGGAGUUUGGCGUGCUGAUAAAUGCACCCUCAUUAUUCCUGAAACUGGGUCAGUGAAGCCAUGUAGAAAUUGCAAAUGUCUGGACAAGGCACUAAAAACAGAGAUUAAACAACUCCGUAUGAAGAUAGCAAGUGUCAACUACAACAACAUGAACUUGGACAACCUUAAUGACAAGGAGAAAUUGGUUGUCAAGACAAUUAUCGCCAAAUCCAGGUGUGUUGAUAAGAAAAAGAAAGAUAUGAAAUACGAGGUUGAAUGGUUGUUAGAGUGCAUACUUAUAAGAGUGAAGAGCCCGGCAACGUAUGAACACCUUCGGCUGAACAACAUUCUUCCCUUGCCUUGCCGCGAUACAUUGCGAAAGAUUACUAGUAGCUUAAAGUCAGAGUUUGGAUUCAAUGAUUUUUCAUUGGAAUGCUGA